CCCCCCCCAAAAAAAAAAACAUUUGGAGGCGCACCGAAUUGGCGCCAUAUGGCGAAGAGGGAAUGGCGAGGAACUCCAAAUUUCAAAUCUUUUCCAAAUCAAGAAUUUCAUUUAAGUAUGCGCCGACUCGUGCUCCGGUGCGACUUUGUUCUGCGCACAAGCUGCUCCCACCCCAACGUAGAGGAGGAGAUCCAUCAAACGCUUCUGUCUCUCCCUCCCUCCUUCUCUCUCUCUCUCUCUCUCUUUCUCUCUGUGGGUGUGUCGGGGCUUUAGGAGCGGACGACGCGUCCCGCAUGGCCGUCCCUUCGAGCAGCUCUCACCAGAGUCCCAGGAGCGAGGUCACUUCCGGUAAGCAGAAGGACGAGAGCAAGAACCAGGGGGAGGAGGGGGACGACGGCGGCGAUGGGUCGAAGAAUGCCAAGCGCAACAGCAAGCCCGGAGUUCGAGUCGUCGGAGGACGAAUCUACUGCCCUUUCAAUGGCAAGACGUGCCACCAGUGCCGUCAGAAGACGUUGGAUUUCACAGCUACUUGCAGAAUCAUGAAAGGAGACAAGCAGUGUACCAUUAAAUUUUGUCACAAGUGCCUCUCGAACCGAUAUGGAGAGAAAGCGGCAGAUGUGGCAGCGUUGGAGGACUGGAAAUGCCCUAAAUGCAGAGGCAUUUGCAACUGUAGCUUUUGCAUGAAGAAAAGGGGUCACAAGCCCACUGGUAUAUUAGUACACGCAGCUAAAAAUUCUGGAUUUUCCUCUGUCUCUGAGAUGUUGAGCGUUGGAGGUCCUGACAGUCUUGAUCUCAACAAGGCCGCAAAACCUGCUGAUGUCUCAUCAAAGAAUUCUGAUUCAGAUGAGAAUCUUGCUGUCCUCUCACCAAGAAAACGGGAAAAAGAGAAUUCUUCUGGUCGCAACGUUGACCUGAAUUUGAAGUUGGACAGUUCGACAGCCAACUCUGAUAAGAAGUCUUCAAAGAAAAGAAAAUCUGAUGGGCGAAAUGAAACACGCAAUGCAAAUGUUGAUGAUGAAUCUAUUCUGAAGGACAAAACCCUGAAGAAACCUGGUGACAGUGACAAAGUUUCUGAUAGGGAGGCACAGCACAAUAAGAAGAACAAGCGUGGCAUCAACAUGGGACAGGAUGCUGCAGGAUCACUGGCUGCAAGAGCUUAUCAAGCUGCAGUGAAAAGUAAGUUUACUGCAGAUCCUGUUGAGGUCAAUGGCCGUUCUGUGAUCCUUCAGAACAAGGAGUUGCAUGUUGACAUCCCCCUGCCAGAAAGCAUCCUCUUGACUGGUGUGGGUGGUGUUGAGUUGCCUUCUGAGGUCAUUGGAGACGCAUUGCAAUUUUUGGAAUUUUGUGCUGCUUUUGGCAAGGUCCUUGAUAUCAGAAAAGGAGAAGCUGAAUCUAUAAUUCGAGAAUUAACAUGUGGGAGAAGGCGGCGCCAUGGGCAGGCCUCUCUAAUUGUUCGGUUUCAUAUCCAAUUGAUUUCUUUGAUACUGAAGGACAUGGGGGAUGAGUCUCCAUCUAUAACUUCGGCGGAUGGUAGGAAUUCAUGGUUGCAAGCUAUUGGGAAAUGUCUCUCCGACUCUAAAUGUCCAUUUGAAGACUUUCCUCUUGAUUGCCUUGAUAAAGGUGUUGAUGGAUAUGAUGAAUUAGACCUAUCGAAAAAGCUUAGGCUUUUGAAUUUUCUUUGUGAUGAAGCUCUAAGUACGGAAAACCUGAGGGGAUGGAUAGAAGAUCAGAAUCUGCAAUAUGUUGAAAAUGGAAAGGAAGCAAGAGGAAAGCUUCUUGAAGUGAAGGAUAAGGAGAAACUUUUAAAGCAGAAGAUGAAGAAUGAGGUGACCGAAGCUAUUAUUGCAAAAAAUGGUGUUCCUCUUUCAGUUUCGGAGCAUGAUGCUAUUGUGUCACAAGUAAAACAUGAAAUCGCCCAGAUUCAUGCCGAGAUGCUGGAUAUGAGCAGGAUAUCCAAGAAGCGGCAGAGAUCAGAUGCUGUUAGAACAGAGCCUGUCAUCGUGGAUGGCCAGGGGCGCACCUUUUGGAAGUUAAAAGUGUACAAAGGGGAACCUGAUGUAUUGCUUCAAGAAGUUAAAAGGAGUGAUUCGGUUGGACCGGAAGAAAAAUGGCUCAUCUUUGAUGCUGAAAAGAAACAAGAAAUUGACAGACAUAUCUCUUCACUGUAA